AUGUGGGAUGGUAGAAUCUGGAAGGGGGAAGUUUGUUGCUUGGGAGCACAUUCAAUUACUUGUAAAUUUCCUGGUAAGACACAGGAAUACACAUGGCAUCUUUCAGUUGUGUAUGCUCCUAAUGACAGGAGAGAAAGGGAAGAAGUUUGGUGGGAGUUGGCAGGCGCUAAAGGUCUCUUUAGUGGGCCUUGGGUGGUAUGUGGGGACCUCAAUACUGUGAGGUUCCUAUCAGAGAAGAAGAAUUGCAUCAGAAUCACAAGAGCUAUGAAUGAGUUCUCUAAAUUUAUUGAAGACAUGGAACGGGUAGACAUCCAACUAUCAGGAGGUGUACAUGGAGAAAAGAAUGAAGAUUUUAGAAAUAUAAAACAAUCAGUGCUUCAUAGAGAUACUUCUGAUCAUUCCCCACUGAUGCUUCAAUGUGGUAAUUGGGAUCCAGUCAAAUCCUUCUUUAAGUUUGAAAAUUGGUGGCUACAGACUGAAGGCUUCAAAGGUGGAAUAAAAGAAUGGUGGAACUCUUUUGCUUGUGAAGGAAGGCCUGAUUUCAUUCUAGCUUUUAAACUUAAAGCAUUUAAGGUAAAGCUUAAAGAAUGGAGCAAAACUCUCCAAGGUAAUUUAGCAUUGCAGAAAGCAAGUAUUCUCAUACUUGCAGAACUGGAAGAGAUACAUGAUCAAAGGAGUCUGACUGAGAAGGAAAUAUAUACAAAAACUGCCUUGUUUAUGGAAUUUAAGGAGAUUGCAAAACAAGAAGAGAAUCUUGAAGAUAUCAAGAGAGAGGUUAUCAAAUAUUACCAAAACCUCUGCACAGAAGAAGAUGGGUGGAGGUCACUAGGUGCUAUCAGAAACAGUCACAUGAUUACACCAGAAGACAACUUAAUGCUUCAGAGUCCUUUUGGAGUACAUGAGAUAUGGGAUAGUGUAAAAGCAUAUGCUGAAGACAAAACACCUGACCCAGAUGGAUUUUCAAUGGCCUUUUUCAUUAAUUACCGAGAAGUGGUAGCUGUUAUCCAAAACUUUUAUGACCAGGGAAUAUUUGAAAAGAGCUUUAAUGCAACUUUUGUGGCAUUGAUUCCUAAGAAGGUGGGGCCCAAAGAAUUGAGAAAUUUCAGGCCUAUCAGUUUGAUAGGCAGCAUAUACAAAAUUAUAUCCAAAUUAUUAACUGAGAGGCUCAAGAAGGUGGUGAACAAAUUGGUGGAUACUUAA